AUGGCGCGGGUGUUGGUGGUGGGAGCGGGGGGGACGGGCGGGCUGGUGGCCUUUCUGCUCCGGAGCUGGCCCCCCGGGCCCAAGGCCCCCCAAGUAGCCGUGUGGGAGAAGGCCCCAGGCGCAGGCGGAAGAAUGGGCACGUCCCAAAGCCCGUACAACUCACGCUGCACGGCAGACCUGGGAGCUCAGUACCUCACUCUCACCCCUCAGUAUGCCGAGAGACAUCGAAGUUUCUAUGAUGAGCUGUUAGCUAAUGGGGUUUUGAAGCCCCUGACGUCCUCUAUAGAAGGAAUGGUGGUGAAAGAAGGGGAACGCAACUUUGUGGCACCUCAAGGAGUCUCCUCGAUUGUGAAGUACUUUUUACAAGAAUCAGGGGUGGAUGUCUUCUAUGAGCACUGCGUAACCAAGAUCUUCCUCAGAAGUGGCAAAUGGGAGGUUCACAGAGAAACGGGACCUGCAGAGGAGUUUGACGUCGUCAUCCUCACGAUUCCAGUUCCGCAAAUCCUUCAGCUUCAAGGUGACAUCGUGAACAUAAUUAGUGGAAGUCAAAAGCAGCAACUGGAAUCGGCAAGCUACUCUUCCCGCUACGCUCUGGGACUCUUUUAUGAAGCCGGCACUCGGAUUGAUGUUCCCUGGGCUGCACGGUACAUCUCCAGUAAUCCUUGCAUACGCUUCGUCUCCAUCGAUAAUAAGAAGCGCAGUAUAGAAUCUUCUGAAGUUGGGCCUUCUGUUGUCAUUCACACCUCUGUGCCAUUUGGAAUUAAACACUUGGAGGGAAGCAGUGAAGAAGUGCAGGAGCUAAUCCUCGAGCAGCUGGAAAAGAUUUUGCCCAAUCUGCCUAAGCCAGUUCACGUCAAGUGCCAGAAAUGGAGAUACUCACAGGUUACCCAGGCUGUCCCCAAUUGUCCAGGCCAAAUGACUCUUCAUCUCAAUCCUCUCCUUGUGUGUGGUGGUGAUGGAUUCACCCAUUCCAACUUCGAUGGAUGCACAGCUUCUGCCCUGAGCAUUCUGGAGGCCUUAAAGAAUCAUUUGUAAAAUCCAUAUGGAUUUUUCUUUCUAUGUUCAGAGUGGAAUAUUAAACUCACAUAUAGUCCCGUCUGUUUUAAUUUCUCUUUUACUGAAUGGAAGAGCUGAAAACUUGCACCUUGUGAGUGGCUGUUUACUAUUUCCAUUGGGAGACCAGAUUUAAACUAGGGGAGAUGGCACCUAAACCCCUUCUAUGUUGUACCAGCACUCUAUCCUGGACUUCCCUGCAUACUUCUUCCUUGGGCAGGGGUGGGGGACAGAGUUACUGUUCAACUCAUGAACAAUAUAUAUCGUCUCAUAGUCUCAAGCAGCAGCAUGGGUUCCUUUAAGGCUAGAUAAUCAGUGGGCAAAUUCACAAUAAUCCCAAAAUGAAUGCAAAAUUGCCCAGAAAUUGAAGAACGGUUGACUGGGAUGGAAUCAUUA